CAGAGCGUCCGGCGACAGUACCCAGUCCAGAGCGUACGGCGACAGUACCCAGUACAGAGCGUCCGGCGACAGUACCCAGUCCAGAGCGUACGGCGACAGUACCCAGUACAGAGCGUCCGGCGACAGUACCCAGUCCAGAGCGUCCGGCGACAGUACUCAGUCCAGAGUGUCCGGCGACAGUUCACAUGCCGGAACCUCCAACGACGGUCCCCAGUCCGCGGUCUCCAGUGACGGUCCCCAGCCCGGGGUCUCCAGUGACGGUCCCCAGCCCGGGGUCUCCAGCGACGGUCCCCAUCCAGGGGUCUCCAGCGACGGUCCCCAGUCCGGGGUCUCCAGCGACGGUCCCCAGUCCGGGGUCUCCAGCGAUGGUUCCCAGUCCGGGGUCUCCAGCGAUGGUUCCCAGUCCGAGGUCUCCAGUGACGGUCCCCAGUCCAGAACAUCCGGCGAUGAUCCACGCAGCGAGGGUCCCCAGCCCGGGGUAUACGGCAAGGAUCCGCAGUCCAGAGCCUCCGAUGAUGAUCCACGGGUCAGUGCUACAAGAGCGGACUCAGGGUAAAGAAGGGGGGCGGCGUUCAGAACCAGAGCAGCCACCGAGGUUAGAUGCCCACCCAGACCCUCCCAUAUAGGUUUAGGUUUGUGGCCGGGA